AUGGAAACUGGCGGUGCAUCGCGGCCUUUACACGUACUACUCACUGGUCCACCAGGAAUAGGUAAAACUACAGUGUGCAAAAAAAUCGCAUUCGCGCUGGAAAAAAAGGGCAGCAGGUUUGAUGGAUUUUAUACGGAGGAAGUGCGAGAUGAGAGUGGCUCCAGAAUUGGCUUUGACGUUGUGCGAGUAAAGGAUCCUGGAAAUAGAUUAUCCUUAGCACGCAUAACCGUAACACAUGGUCCAAAUAAAAGCUCUCCCAGAUAUCAAGUGGGAAACUAUCGCGUUUUCCGGGAUAAUUUCGAGGCUAUAGCGCUUCCAAUAUUGGAUUUGGACACUGAUAUAUUGCUUAUUGACGAAAUCGGCAAAAUGGAAUUAUUCAGUGAAGAUUUCAAAAAGAAAAUAAUAAACAUAUUUUUCGGUUCUUCUAAAAAGGCUUUUGUAAUCGGGACUAUUCCGCAAAUACAUAAAGCACCGCAACGACACGCGGAAUUGUUCGAGAAGUUACAUGCGGACGAAGGAAUUAAGAUUUUGAAAGUGACUCAUGGAAAUCGGAAUAAUUUACCAGAGGAAAUUAUACGUUAUUUCUCAUAAAUUUGUAUCAAUUAACGCACUCGUUAUUUAUUAGUC